UAGAGGCCCGCCUUCUUGGGUAUACGUUUUCGUCAAACUCUUACCUUAAAACUUUUUCAGAAGAGAGCUUUUGGACAGUGACACUCUGAGAGAAUUGAUUAUGUUCAAUUCUAAUAUUUUGUUCUUGUGGUUGCUGACUGCUACUUCCUUUGAUCGAAUCGAGGGAAAUACCACAGUUUCUACGAAUCCCAUUACGUGCCUUCAAGGAGCACCUGGUUUCCCUGGUCACAAUGGAUAUAACGGGUUGCCAGGCCGUGAUGGUCGAGAUGGCGCCAAGGGAGAGAAGGGCGUGGCAGGUAAUCCAGGACCACGUGGGGUUAAAGGAGAUGUUGGAUCAAGAGGGUCUGAAACCGACCCCAGAAAUUGGAAACAGUGUGCAUGGAGGGCUCGGGACGAUCGGAACGUUGGUCUCAUAAAAAAUCCAAGCACUUGUCUUCAAGGAUCACCUGGUCUUCCUGGUCGCAAUGGACAUAACGGGUUACCAGGUCGCGACGGUCGAGAUGGCGCUAAAGGAGAGAAGGGUGCGGCGGGAAAGCCUGGGUUACGUGGAGAUAAAGGAGACGUUGGACCGAAAGGGUCUGAUACCGACCACAGAAAUUGGAAACAGUGUGUAUGGAGGAGUGAAGAUGGUCGGGACGUGGGACUUGUAAAGGACUGCGCCUUUGACAAGACCAGUGAUGAUACAGCCCUUCGAGUUGUUUACCAAGGUAACAUUCACUUGACUGGAUGCAGCAGUUGUUGUAAGCGCUGGUUUAUCACCUUUAACGGUGCAGAAUGCAAAGGUCCACUGCCAAUUGAUGCAAUAGUGUGGAUAAGUAACAACAAUGGCAAUGAUCACAGACCCGGAGCAAUAGAAGGCUAUUGUGUAAACAUCCACAAGGGGAAAGUCCGUGUUGGUAUUAACAUUGGAAACUGUCCUGGAUAUGGCAACUCGGACGGAUAUACGGGCUGGAACUCAGUGUCACGCUUGAUUAUCGAAGAAGUACCACGUUCACAAUGAUUUUUUUCCCGUUUGCUUUUUUCGAUUUGCAUCAGAGAUUGACUCACAUGAGCAGUAAAGCAGUUACACGCAGGGGAUGAUAGCUUUAGGUUUUUACCCGGUAAAUUGAAGGUUAAAAGGGAUUUAACAGUAUAUAACGUGUUCUUUUACUAACGGGUUUUGUAUGCAGUAAAAGAGAAUCAAGAAUUACAUUAACUUCAUCUUUUUCAUCCAACACUUUGAUUUGUUUUGUUUGGUUUUACUUGUAAAGAAUCAAAGAAUCGUAACCAUGUCUCGUUUUAUUUGUUACUUCAUCUUCGAUUGACCUUGUACCUAAAAACCUGUUUUUCCUUCAUUUUUUUUAAUUCUUACAUCAGAAAGGUUUUGCUAUAUUCUAACCUUCCAAAUCAAGUUUUAGAGCGAGAAAUAAGGUCGUAUCCCCUCUGUCCGAAGAAGAAACCAGAACCCAAGCACUAGAAGUUUAACCGCCUCCCGCUUAGCUUAAUGGAUAGAGCGCUGGACUGUUGUGCAGGAGGUCGAGGGUUCGAAG